AUGCACGCCAAGCUGCUCGCCGUGUCCAGUCUGUGCGUCGCCGCGUCUGUUUUGCAGGCUAUCGAGGCCCGUGGUGCUUCGGCUGACAUUCUCUCGCGUCGUCAACUCGGCGACUACAAGGAUCACGGACACCACCAUUCGCACAAGCACGAACACCACAAGAAGCACGUCCACGACGACCACAAAGGCCACUCGCACUAUCGCCGCCGACUUGAAGACGCCAAGGCGACCGAGUCCUCGCAUGACUAUAGCUACGGUCACGACGAUUACGGUCACGACGACUACGGCCACGGCGACUACGAGCACAAGGACUAUGACCACGGCAAACAUGACUACAAGGGCUACGGCGUCGGCUACGGCUACGACAAGCAUGACCAUAAGGGAUAUGGCUACGACAAGCAAGACCACAAGGGAUAUGGCUACGACGAUGGCUACUACGGCUACGGCGAGGCAUAUGGAAACGACUACUACGGCUAUGGAAAAGGUUAUGGUAAGGGCUACGGCGACGACUACUCCAUCUAUGGCAACGGCUAUGGCAAAGGUUGUGGUGACGACUACUACAGCUAUGGCAACGGAUACGACUAUGGCAAGGGAUACGGCUUUGGCAAGGGACACGGCUAUGGCAAGGGAUACGGAGACGACUACUACAGCCAUGGCAAGGGCUAUGGCAAAGGUUGUGGUGACGACUAUUACAGCUACGGCAACGGAUACGACAUGGGAUACAGUGGCUAUGGCGGCUACCCGUACUACUACUCGUCGUACGGUGGCUAUGGCGGCUACCCGGACUACUACUCGUCGUACGGUGGCUAUGGCGGCUACCCGGACUUUUACUCGUCUUUUGGCUAUGGCUACGGCCAACCUGGCUACGGGUCCCCGGACUACUUCGGCUAUGAGUCUGCGACUGGCGCUAGCGUCGAUGGUAACACCAUGAAGAAGGAAUCCUCGACUGCCACUGCGACGGAAGGUGCUGAAAACAAGUCGAACGAGAAGGACAGCAAGACGUCGUCGGUGUCAUCUCAGAAGGCGAAGGCGAAAGAAGCCAAGUCAGAUGACGCGGACAAGUCGACGAAGAACAAGUAA